AUGUCAUCACAAUCCUCUGAGACUCUGGAGCUCAAAGAAGCCAAUGCCAGUGUGUCGCAUAUACCCGCGGAGGUUUCAGAUAGCAAUGUGGGCUGGGAUAGCGAUGAUGACCCUCAAAACCCAAUGAACUGGUCGAACGCCUGGAAAAGGACGAUCAUCAUAUUGGUUGCCUUUGCCACGUUCAACGACGCCGCAGCAUCGAGCAUUUUCACCCCAGGGGUACCGCUCGUUCUCGAAGAAUUCCACGAGACAAACCCCACCAUUUCGCCGUUUCUCAUAUCGGUCCAUAUCAUUGGCUUCGCAACGGGGCCGCUACUUUUCUCCCCGCUCAGUGAGAUCUACGGAAGAUAUCUUAUCAUGCAGAUUUCAAAUAUAGCUUUCUUUUUUUCUUGCAUUCUCUGCGCCGUCAGUGUCGAUGUACCUAUGCUAGCUAUCGCUCGCAUACUUCUGGGUGUGGCUGGCUCUGUACCCAAUGCUUUGGCAGGAGGGUUUGUAGCGGACCUGAUACCCCUGGAAAAACGGGCCAGCUCGCUCGCCUUAUUGGCCGCGGGGGUUCUAUCAAGUGAACUCACAUUCAGUUUAGGCCCGAUUGUAGGCGGUUACAUGGCACUAAAGGUGGGCUGGAGAUGGACAUUCUGGCUCGAAGGCAUCGUGGUUGGCUGCAGCACCAUACUAUCAUUCUUCUUCCUACGAGAGACCUACGCGCCAACCCUCCUUAAAAGAAAAGCCGCGAGACUAGGGCUCCAAAAACCCCUCAAAGAGAGCGAAAGCACCUGGCAAGUUAUCCGAAGAGGCAUUUCUCGACCAAUGAAACUCUGUUGCUUCUCCCCAAUCAUGAUGAUCAUCUCACUCUACAACUCCAUCUGUUACACAUACUUAUACUACAUGAUCACAACAUUCCCCACGCUCUUCGGCGAACACUACGGCUUCAACGCAGGGGAAGUCGGCCUCACUUACAUCGCCCAAGGAGUCGGCUGCCUAAUCGGCCAGGUCGCAGUCGGCCGCUUCGCAGACUGGUACAUCAAACGCCAACAAGCCCGGAACGGCACCACGACGCCCGAAGAUCGACUGCCCCCCGCCAUUGUCGGAUAUGUCGUUCUCGCCAUCGGCAUGCUGUGGUUCGGGUGGUCGGCGCAGGUGCACGCCCACUUCAUGGUCCCGAUUGUCGGGUCCGGUGUUGUAGGUUUGGGUCUUGUGGGCGGGUUCCUGGUUGUGCAGGUGUAUAUUGUGGAUACUUUUACUAUCUAUGCGGCUAGUGCGUUGGCUGCGAAUAACCUUAUUCGGUCUAUUGUUGCGGCUGUCUUGCCUCUGUCUGGUCCGGCGAUGUAUGAGCGUCUUGGGUAUGGUUGGGGGGAUACUAUUCUGGGUUUUACGGCGUUGGCUCUGGCUCCGACUCCGUUGUUGUUGAUGAAGUAUGGGGAGAGAAUUCGGACGCGGUGGCCUGUAGAAUUAUAA